GCGGGAGGUAGGUUACAGCCAGAAGUGUUCAAAGUGGCCUGGAGUUCCUAUCACUCUACGGCUCAGCCCAGAACGAAGUCCAUUCUUGACGUAACUGAAGAGCUGAAGAUGGCUGCAGCUUCCUCCUAGACUCCACCAGGAAAAGGCUAAAGCCAGGGCCGGAGGGCAGCCCUGUGUGUCCUCCUUGUCACAGCCUGGCAGCCACACGCUUGAGUGUUGAGCACAGCAGCACAGGUGCAGAUGGUCUCCAGAGCCAGGCUUUAGGGGUGCACUGAGGAUCCCAGGAGCCUCCAGGGACCCACAGCUCUGUCUAGACGUGAACCCAGCCUUGACCUUCCCCUCUGGAGAUGAAGGGGUCUCCCGCCUUCCCUCUGGCUGGCUGUCUCCUCCCUCUGCUCCUCCUGGUGUCCGAGGGAGUCUCAGGAGAGGCGUCCCAGUUUUCUGUGACGGGACCAGCCGAGCCCGUGAUGGUCCUGCUGGGCACUGACGCCACCCUGCCCUGCCAGCUGUCCCCCGAGCAGAGCGCAGCUCACAUGGACAUCCGAUGGUACCGGGCCCGCCUCACCUCCACUGCGCUGGUGUUCAGCAAUGGACAGGAGCAAGGAGAGCGGCAGACGCCGGAGUACCGGGGCAGGGCCCGGAUGGUGAGAAACGCCAUUGACUCGGGAAGGGUGGCUCUGCGGAUACAGCAGGUCCAGGUCUGCCGAUUUUCGCACGGCUCCACCGCCCAAGAGGUCUCCGUGGAGCUGCGAUUGCUGUGUCUUCUCUCCUCAGGGUUAGGCUCUGCCCCUCUCGUUUGCAUACCUGAGAACAGUGGGAUCCGAGUGCUGUGCUCCUCAGGUGGCUGGUUCCCAGCUCCCAGGGUGCAGUGGAGAGACACCAAGGGGACUCUACCGUCCUCCUCUGAGUCGCUGACCCAAGACGCAGCCGGACUCUUCCACGUGGAGGCGGCGCUCUUGGUCACAGACGGAGAUGUAGGCAGCGUGGUCUGCUCCAUCCAAAACCCCCUCUCUGAGCAAGAGGAAGCGAAGGGCAUCCUCCUCCGAGAGCCCUUCUUCCCCAGGUCGUCUCCGUGGAGAGUAGCUCUGGCUCUUUCUCUCUCCAUACUGCUGGUCCUGCUCAGCGGGAUCAGCUUUGCCACCUGGAAGGAACAUCAAGUCAAAAGGAGAGAACUGGAUAAAAGGGCGGAAGAAUCUGCUGAAGUGGAUCUGGCAAGGAAGGAAAUGGAGGCUGCGCUGAAGGGCAGAGACGACCUCCAGGCCAACCUGGAUCAGAGGAAGGCGCUGUACAGAGAAGAUUGGAAGAAGGCCCUGCUGUACCCUGACUGGAGAAAGGAACUGUUCCAGCAGGCUCCAGUGAAGAUAAAUCAUGAAGCGCCUGACCAGGAAGAGACCAGAGGAGAGGAGACGCAGGAUCCUUCUGUCUGCAGCACACAGGUAGCCGGGAGCCUCAUCACACUUUGCCAGGAAGAGAUGUUGGGGAGAUACCACUGGGAGGCGGGCGCCGGGGACUCUGCGGACUGGAGGCUAGGCGUCUAUGAGCUGUGCCCCCAGGGUUCGUCACCCAAAGAAUGGCUGAGGAAAUUCAGGGUCUUGGAGAAGAAGGGGGACAGAUACAGGGCUCUCGCCUUCUGGUCCCAGUGUGUGUCUCAGGAACAACCCCUGAUGCUGGAGGCCCCUCCGCGGAAGAUUGCAGUCUUCCUGGACCAGGAGGACAAUGACCUUUCCUUCUACAACAUGACUGACAAGACCCACAUGUUUUCCUUCACCCAGGCCAGCUUCUUGGGCUCACUCUAUCCUUACUUCAAACGUAACUCCCUGGAGCUCUCUCCAUCAGCACAGCCCUAAGAGCUCAGUGGGUGUGUGCUUCAUCCUGUGGUGGAUGGUCUGCAAGGACCUCCUGGGGGGGCAGGGACCCCUGACCGGGAGGCCUCUUAGCCUGAGACUCCCUGAGCCUCUAUGGCCAGACCCUGGGCAAGACUCUCAGACCGUUUGUGCCGUGUGUGGUGCUAUACUGUUAAUGGUCUUCCUUUUUUAUAUAAAUCUGUUUAAUCGUUCCUGAGAUGGGUGAAUCCACGGCUUUCUGAAUCCGAUAGCACCUGCUGUGGCUUAAUUAUUGUUAUUAAUUAUAUAGGACCACGUUGGCCCGUUUUCAUGCAUGUGCGCAGUGUACUCUGAGCACAUCCCCCAGUGUCUUUCUUUGUUUGUAUGUAACAUACUACAGACCAAAGAUGUGCUGGUUAGGUUUUUGUCAGUUUGACCCAAGCUAAAGACAUGGGAUUCUCAGUUCGGGAAUUACCUCCAUCAGACUGGCCGGGAGCAAGCGCUGGGGAGCAGGCCAGUAAACAGUUUUCCUUCAAGGUCUCUGCAUCAGUUCCUGCCUUCAGGUUCCUGUCCUGAGUCCCUGCCCUGAAUUCCCUCAGUGAUGGAGUGGGACCUGGGAGUUAGGAGAUGAAGCAAACCAUUUUCUCUCGAAGCUGCUCUUACUUACUGUCUUGGUCACUGUUCUACUGCUGUGAACAGGCACCAUGACCAAGGCCACGACCAAGGCAACGCUUAUGAGAGGAAGCAUUUAAUUGGGGCUUGUUUACAGUUCCAGAGGCUUAGCACAUUCUCACCAGAGCCGGAGCAUGGCAGCACACAUAGCGCUGGGGAAGUAGCUGAGAGCCACAGGCAGAGAGAGAGAGAGAGGCUGGACCUGGGAUGGGGUUUUGAAACCUCAAAGCCCACCCCCAGUGAAACUCUUCCUCCAACAAUGCCACAACCCCUAAUCCUUCAAAUAUACGAGCCUAUGGGACCAUUCUUUGUCAAAACACCACACAGAGACAGAGAACCAAACCAGGACAAGCAGUUUUAACUGAAUUACUAUAAAACUACACAACAAAGGCAAACCUGGCUAUUGUGAAAUUAUAGCAAUUAUAAUAUUAGAUUUACCAUAAGUCAAAUUACUCUGUGAAUUUCCUCCGUAAGGGUUUGGGUUUGGGUUUGGUUGUUGUUUGGGCUUUCUGUUUGUUAGUUUUGUUUUUGAGACAGGGUUCCUCUGUUUAGGCCUCUCUGUAGAUGAGGUUGAUUUCAAACUCACAGAUUUCCACCUGCCUCUGCCUCUGGGGUGCUGGGAUUAAAGGCGUGCACUGUCCCCCACAAGUUUCUAACACUGUAUCCAUGCAUGUUUCUUAAGGCGCUGUCAAUAAAUCACUUCUGUGUGGCACCA